AUGAACGCCCGUGUCGAGUUCAGCCGCUGGUUCCUCGAAGAAUUUGACGAAGGCAAAUCUCCGAAGUUCCGGUUCGUUGUCACUGGAGACGGGGCUUGGUUCCACAAGUCUGACCCAGAAACCAAGCAGCAGUCAAUGAGAAAGACUGUAACCUCCCAUUGGCACGUGGACAACUGCCUGCCGAAAGUGUUCGACAAGCUUCAGGGAGGUCGCCCCAAGUCCAUCCUGAAGAAGCAUUUCCUCCGCCAUGACAACGCGCCAGCGCACAGGGCUUCAAAGACGUUGCCGUUCGUCGGCGCCUCUGGCAUCCAGCUGAUCCAGCCCCCGCCCUGCGACUUCUGGCUGUUCUCAGGAGUCAAACAACCUUUGCGAGGGAAAGUCUUCAAGACCAUCGACGAUGUCAUCGAAGCUGUCAACACUCAGCUGAACCGGCUGAGAAAGGAAGAUUUCGAGCAGUGCUUCCAGAGCUGGAUAUACCGCUUUAAAAAGUGCAAAGAUAUCGGCGGCAAAUAUGCUGAGCACUCGGUGGCGGGCGCCUUCGACGUCGGGGAAGCCUCCUGCCCUGGUGGCUGGCCCCGGAACUACGCAGAACCGACCAAUGGGAUCGUUGGAUCGGAAUGUCCCAUGAAAUAUGGCUGCUUCUGGAUCCAAGAUUUGGUACACAGCUUACGUGUGAUUGACCUUCAGAAGAUUCUUCCUAUUCUGGGUAACUCGAAGUUGACAAAGUCAUACAUUCCAAAGGCACAGCUUCAAGCCAAAAUCAUUCACGAGCUGCAGAAGCCACAAUCUUUUCAUAAGGUUGCUUCUGCUCUUGCUGCAGUCCGUGAGGAGGCAAAGGCAAUGGGAAAAGAUAGAAUGGGUCGCCGACCCCGCAAAGUGAACCCAGAUGAUCCGGACUUGGCCUCACCCAAACUGGACCCCCAACAAUACACCUCUGGAAUAGGCUAUCACACUUCCCAGCCUUCAUCGUUCAUGGACCCCUUCAUGGGUGUUGGAGGGGCUCCAUGGGCACCACUACAUCCUAGCACCAGUUCAACCCCUGACCCAAGGAUGGAAUCUCACCCGAGUUAUAAUACCCUGCCACAGAUAGACCCAUCUGGAAUGGUCAGGCGCCCAGACAUUGAUAUGAAAACACUGCAUUUCUUCCAAAAGCUUGAGGAGAUUGUGAAACCAACCACCUUGAUUACCACCCCAUACUCAAAGUCACAACAACAGUUCAUUCAAUUUUGCCUCAGUCCCAAUGAGGUGAACUCCAUCAAGAACAACUACAAUCCUCGCCGUUCUAAGGAACUCAUCUAUCUCAUACAGAGUGUUGAACUUGUGGAGAUGGAGCCAUUCUAUGAAUGGUUCUAUGAAUCAAUUCUAUGGCUGGUGACAGUAGAGACAAAAUCAGAGACAGAGCUGAUCCAUGAAGUCAAGGCUUACAAAGCUGGAACUCGUCCUGGGAUGACGCCCAAGCGGCCCUCUUGCCCCCUCAACAUCACUGCUCUCUGCCGUCUCAGCCCGGAGGUGUCUAACAGUGGGACCGUGUGCUGGCGCAACGAGACCAAUGCCACGUAUGCCUUUCAGAUCAAUCUGGUGCGACGGCUCACUCCGGCUGAGUUGUUCUCGCAGAUUUGGAGCCAUGGGAUCAGUGACCCGUUGAUCACGAUCAAUCUGAUCAAGCAGAAGCUCCGACGCGACUCCUCGAGCGACGUCUGCCUGGACAUGACUUCCCUGCCGGCCAGCUUGAACUGUCCCCUGAAUCUUCGCCGUUUGCAGUAUCCGUGCCGGGCGAAAGACCUGUGCACUCACGUGCAGUGUUUCGAUGCUCUGACAUAUCUGGAGAUGAAUGAUCUCAAUCCUACGUGGGUGUGUCCUCUCUGCAAGAAGGUCACACCUUUUGAUAAGCUCAUCAUCGAUGGGUAUUUCCUACAGGUGCUGUCCCAAGCGGGUGAUAGUGAUGAUGUGGUGCUGAAUCCAGAUGCUUCGUGGAGUCUUCCCAACGGUAGCAAGAAGAAUGUGAUCGAGCCCAUGAUCCGGACGACGUACGACAUCCCGACGUUGCCGUCGUACUUGAACGAGGCGGUGAAAGGCCCUCCGCCGGACGACGCUCCGUCUCGAUCGUCCGGCUCCAGCUCGGGAAGCGGGAAGUCCGGGAAGGGAGACUCCGUGGAGGUGGUGGACCUCGUGAGCGACAGCGACGACGACGAGAGGGAGGAGGCGGCAGCGACGUCGAGUACAAAGGUGGAAGCGGAGGAGAAGGAGGACAGGAGCUCGUCCAGCGGGGCGUCGUCGCCCAUCGUGAUCAGCGGGCCCACCUCCACCUUCCGGAGGCGGGUGGUCCUCGACGACUCCUCGGAGAACGAGAGCAACCCGUGCUCGCCCGAGAUCAUCGAGCUGGAUUGAAAGCGUUCGUUUUUCUCUUUUCGAGUGUCGUUUCGUCGGGGUCGCGGGGUCCCGUCGCGCCGUGUCUGAGUUCGUUCAUCGGUCCUCGUGUGAUACUCGUCACCGUAUGAGAACUUAUGUGUCUACUUUCAUUCGUCGUAUUCAGUGUAACGAUCUGCUCCGAGGGAAGUUGUAUCGGGAAGAUUUUGCUUUUUUUUUAUAUACGGGCGGUGAGACUUUCCCUACUUGUUUGCAU